AUCCCCAAGUGAAGUGACGAGACUAUAAGUGUCCGACUCUCAAUUCGCGCCAAUUUUCAGGUCUAGAGUCUCUCUCUUAAAAACCCUAGCUCUCGAUCUUUCGGCCUAUUCCGAAUCCACCACCACCUUGACCUAGGGUUGUAGAUUGACUUGGAAAAUCGAUCACCUUCCUGCAGACGAGCCACAUUCUUCAUCGAUGGCGGAGCCUCGGGCUAAGAGAGCCAAGAUCACCAGAGGAGAAGAUGAUUAUUUGCCGGGGAAUAUAACUGAAAUGGAGCUUCAUAACUUUAUGACCUUCAGUCACUUGACAUGCAAACCUGGAUCUCGCUUAAACCUGGUAAUUGGGCCAAAUGGAUCGGGUAAGAGCUCUCUUGUUUGUGCCAUUGCUCUUGCUCUUGGUGGUGAGCCUCAGCUGCUUGGGAGGGCAACAAAUGUUGGAGCAUAUGUAAAGCGUGGGGAGGAGUCUGGAUAUAUCAAAAUUUCCUUGCGUGGGGUCUCUGAAAAUGAGCAGAUUGCCAUCAUGCGUAAAAUUGAUACGCGUAACAAAUCAGAGUGGUUUUUCAAUGGUGAGAGCAAAGUGGUACCUAAGAAAGAUGUUAUCGAAGUCAUUCAGAAGUUCAACAUUCAAGUCAAUAACUUGACUCAAUUUUUGCCACAGGACAAGGUUUGUGAGUUUGCAAAGCUAACUCCUGUUCAACUUCUAGAAGAGACUGAAAAGGCUGUUGGUGAUCAUCAACUUGCAGUCCAGCAUCGUGCCCUUGUUGGAAAAAGCCACGAAUUGAAAAAUCUGGAACUAGCUGUCCAGAGAGUUGGAGAAACUUUGAAUCAACUGAAGGGCCUUAAUGCUGACCUAGAAAAAGAUGUUCAGCGUGUCCGUCAAAGAGAAGAUCUUUUAGCAAAGGUUGAAUUAAUGAAGAAGAAACUGCCAUGGCUGAAGUAUGAUAUGAAGAAGGCGCAAUACAUGCAAGUGAAAGAAAAAGAGAAUGAUGGAAAAAAGAAGUUGGAUGAAGCUGCAAAAGCUUUAUGUGAUUUUCAAGAACCUAUUGAAAAACAAAAGCAGGAGAAAGCAGAUCUUGAUACCAAAUGUAAAAAAGUUAGUAGUUUAAUGAUUGUCAAUGCCAAGAAGCGAAUAGAACUUCUUGACGAGGAAAAUCGUUUGGAUGUGGUAGCACAAGGAAAAUAUAAUGAGAUGGAAGACUCAAAGAGGCAAGAAGAAUCCCGUCAAGGAGAAAUUCUAAAAGCUAAGGAGGAGAUUGCUGCUGCAGAACUAGAACUUCAAAACCUACCUGUUUAUCAGAAUCCUAAGGAUGAACUUGACAUAUUAAGUUCCCAAAUUUCGGAGUUUGGAGUUUCUGCGAAUGAAAAGAUUGUUCAGAAGCAGGAGGAGGAAAGACAUUUAAAUCAAAAGAAAACUAUGCUGAGGCAGUGCGUGGACAGGCUGAAGGAUAUGGAGAGUAAAAGCACAAAACUUUUACACGCUUUACAGAAUUCUGGAGUUGAGAGGAUAUUUGAAGCUUAUUACUGGUUGCAACAACAUCGUAACCAGUUGAGUAAGGAGGUCUAUGGUCCUGUGUUGCUUGAGGUUAAUGUCUCAGAUCGGGGUCAUGCUGAUUACUUAGAAGGUCAUGUCCCUUUUUAUAUUUGGAAGUCUUUCAUAACUGAAGAUCCACGUGACAGGGACAUUCUAGUCCAAAACCUAAAGCAAUUUGAUGUUCCUAUUUUAAAUUAUGUGAGGACUGAACAUCGUCAAAAACGGCCCUUCGAUGUUUCUGAGGAGAUGCGUGCACUUGGUAUCUCUUCCCGGCUUGACCAAGUUUUUGAUGCUCCUGAUGCUGUCAAGGAGGUUUUGAUCUCGCAGUUUGGCCUGGAAAAUUCGUAUAUUGGGUCAAAGGAAACUGAUCAAAAUGCCGAUGAGGUUAUGAAGUUGGGAAUUUUAGACUUUUGGACUCCAGAAAGUCAUUAUCGUUGGUCUCGCUCUAGAUAUGGUAAUCAUGUUUCGGCAAGUGUAGACUCAGUGGUUCGCUCACGUCUUCUUCUGUGCAAUAUGGAUGUUGGUGAAAUUGAAAAGCUAAGGUCCAAGAAAAACGAGCUGGAAGAAGCUGUUGUCUCUAUAGAGAAAAGUAUUAAAUCGAUUCUGAUUGAGCAAAGACAUUUAGAGGAUGAGGCAUCUAAACUUUAUAAGAAACGGGAGGAGAUCUUCGAGAUGGCGCAACGUGAGAAGAAAAAACGAAUUGAUAUAAAAAACCGCAUCGAUCAUAAAAAAAGACUAGUACAAUCAAUGGAGAAUGAGGGGGACCUUGAUGCUAUUUUGGUGAAGCUUAUUGAUGAAGCUGCCGACUGUAACAUUAAGCGGUAUAAUUGUGCAAUUGCAAUUAAGGACUCACUUGUUGAAGCUGUGUCACUCAAGUGGAGGUUUUCUGAAGAACACAUGACUUCCAUUGAGUUUGAUGCAAAGAUUCGAGAACUGGAGGUGAAUCUCAAGCACCAUGAAAAGUUUGCCAGGCAAGCAUCACUGCAUUAUGAGAAUUGCAAGAAGGAUGUAGAGCAUUGUCGAGAACAACUGGCAGCCGCCAAGAGAGAUGCGGAGUCAAUAGCUAUCAUUACUAAAGACCUUGAAAGGACAUUUCGUGAGAUGCCUACUACAAUUGAGGAAUUGGAGGCGGCUAUUCAAGACAAUCUUUCUCAAGCCAAUACCAUUCUCUUGCUUAACCAGAAUGUAUUGCAAGAAUAUGAACACCGUCAGAAGAUGAUUACUGACCAUGCAACAAAACUGGAAGCAGAUAAAAGGGAGCUAAAAAGGUGUUCAGUGGAAAUAGAUUCCUUGAAGGAAAAGUGGCUUCCAGCGUUGAGGAAUCUGGUGGGUCAGAUAAAUGAGACUUUUAGUCAUAACUUUCAAGAAAUGGCUGUUGCAGGAGAAGUGUUAUUGGAUGAGCAUGGUAUGGACUUCGAUCAAUUUGGAAUACUUAUAAAAGUAAAGUUCAGACAAACAGGCCAGCUUCAAGUUCUAAGUGCCCACCAUCAGUCUGGAGGGGAGCGCUCUGUUUCGACGAUUCUUUAUCUGGUUUCUCUUCAAGACCUAACAAACAGCCCAUUUAGGGUGGUUGAUGAAAUUAAUCAGGGAAUGGAUCCUAUAAAUGAAAGAAAGAUGUUUCAGCAAUUAGUGAGAGCAGCAAGUCAACCAAAUACGCCACAGUGUUUCUUGCUCACUCCAAAAUUGCUACCAGACCUAGAAUACAGUGCAGCGUGCAGCGUUCUAAACAUCAUGAAUGGACCUUGGAUCGAUCAGCCCUCGAAAGCUUGGAGCUCCGGUGAAUGCUGGCGAACUGUAAUGGGGUUGGGAGAGCGAGCCUGAUUUACCAACGUAUCCAGUAAAAUUUCAUCAUGCAACCCUACAUAAUCUUCUGUUGCAUUUUUUCCAGAACGACAACAAUGCUGCCUGAUACCUUUGAUGCUAAAUUAAAGCAAGUUGAUCUAUGCCAUACCAGCUAGUUUUGUAAAACGUUUUCGACGUCUGUUCGUGGUUGUUUAAUGUAAUUGAUUCUUUUUAAUCCUUUUGUAUAGAAGCUCUCUGCAUGAUCUAUAUAUAUUUAUGGCAAAAAUAUAUAUUUAAUCCCUCAAUUAUACCCUUGA